CAUGGCUACGACAACGAAGUGUGUUCUGGUGUGCUUCGGGGAGAGGAAGAGGCCUGUAACCCUCGCAAACGACGCAACCGUAAAUGAUUUAAAGUUAGCUAUCGUCAAUGAAUAUCAGGACGUUUUGCCGCGGAGUAGCUCGUCGACUGACCAGAGCGUCGCUGAUAGGCUUGUCCUGCAAAUAAAAUCCGAAGAUUGGGAUGGAGCGUUUGUCGAUUUAAAGGAUGAAGCUGAUGUACCAGACAGGUCUGUCUUGCGAGUUGUUGAAGAGAGCCAGAAGGAUAAUGUUACUGAUGCAGCCCAAGUGUGCUCUGGUUUCACAAAGCGGACAGAAAAGGAAAAGAAUGUUCUGGCCAAGCUGUUUAGCUCGAGUUCUUCGAUUUCACGCAAGCGUCCUAUGGCGUUUGAUCCGAUGGCUGAAUCAAGCAAUUCCGAGUUU